AUGGACCGACUACUUCAAGCACUAGCAGAAGCUGCACUAAGCCAGGAGCACACAUUACGUCAGAUUGGUGAGUCACAAAAGCAAAUCGGUGAAUCACAAAAACAAAUGGCAGAGAUACUAUCACAUCGAAUAUCGGGAACGGACGAUACUGCAAAGUCGUCGCAAUUCGCAAAUCUGGCUACACGGCUUGGAACGAAGGGUUUAACCGAUACGGAGGGCAAAGAUCUACUUCUUAAUGCUCUCGGGGACGACGAGCAUCAACAAUUACUCAGUCGUUUAUCGCCGAAGAAACCGCAGGAGAUGUCUCUUGGCGAUCUCGAGCGACAUCUUCGAAAACAGUUCCAUGAUAAUAAAACGUUAUUUCAACGUCGUUUUGAAGCUCUCAAUUUUCGUGCUUCCCCGUCAGCAACGGCUAUAGAAAUACUUGACAAAGUAAAUGUUCUGGGAGAUGUCUUUGAGCUCGAUAAUUUCAAUAUCGACCAGCUCAAAAUUCUACUAACGGCUCUCGCCCUAAGCAACCACACCUACUACACGGAGCGAACAGUCCUCUUCAAGGUUGCAUCAGAAAAAGAAAACUGCACAUUUCAAGACAUUAGAGAAAUCUGCUACGCACAUGCAAACCGCACGGCUGACGUCAUGCGCGUUGAAGGACAGCGCUUCUCCGAAAUCAACGCGGUCAGCCAAUCUACAAAGAAUUCACCUAAAAAAGAAAGAGUUUGUUUAUCGAAGCAACGAAAUAAAAUAAAUACUGUCACAUUACAAGGUGUUCUAGGCACAAGACAUCGGUAUCACAAAUUCGCGCAUAUUACUAUCAAUAACAAGCCAUUGAAAAUGCAGCUGGAUACAGGAGCGGACGUAACUAUGAUCGGAAGAGAAACUUGGACACGAAUCGGUCGUCCAAAACUCCAACCUCUUACUACUUCAUGUGUGAAUGUUUCAGGACAUCCAAUGCAUACCAUAGGAUUUUUUAACGCCUCACUUGGCUACAAAGACUGUAUAAUAAAAGCACAAGUCAUCGUACUUGAUCGUCCAGAAACUGUACUACUUAGCUCUCAAGCAAUAGAUGAGCUUGGCUUAAUUACCUACGAUACAGGAGUCGUCGGAAAUCUGCAAACGAUGAAUACGAUUACGGUAAAUUCAUUUCAUAAACAAUUCACAGAACUUUUUAGUAGUUCCACAGGAGAAUGCACCAAGAUGACAGUUCAUCUAUGGCUUAAACCAGAUGUGAAACCGAAACAUAUUCCAUGA